AUGUCUUUAAUAUUUUAUUUUUCUCCCUAAUCUCCACCUUCAAGAGCAGUUCGUUCAUUACUUUUAUUAUCGAAGGUUGUAUUUUAAGGCAAAGUAGUGGAUUUAAUGAAAGGAGAGCAUAAAACUCCUGAAUAUUAAUAUAUCAAUCCUAACUAAUCUUUGCCAGCUCUAGUGGAUGGAGAAUUAAAGCUUUUUGAAAGCCAUGCAAUACUAAAAUAUAUAGCCAUAAAAAAAGAGUUAACAUAAUUUUAUCCAAAAGAUAUCCAAAACAGAGCUAGAGUUGAUUGCUAUCUCGAUUGGAGUCAAACGGGACUAGAUGCAAUAGGAACAUACACGAAUUAGUGUUUCUUAUUUCCCAUGUUAAGGAAGAAACCUGUGCCGCAAAAUAAAGAAUAAAUGUAUCAGGAUACAAUAGAUACACUUCAAUUCUUUGAAUCCAUUUUCUUGAAGGGAAGAUACAUACAAAAUCAACCCUCAAUAACAAUUGCUGAUUUGAAAUGCAUAGCUGAUUUGACCCAACUUUUAUUAACUGGCUUGGAUUUCAAUCAAUUUCCAAAAAUUAGAGACUAUUUGCAGGAGAUGUUCUCCUUACCAGAAAUAAGAGAGGCCUAUGCAGAAUAUUUAGAAAUGAUUAAAAAUACGAAACCCAAUGAUUCAAUAUCUUAUAUCAUUAGUGGAAUUGACAAAAGAUAAAAUUGGCAAAUCAACCUCUAUCAUCAUCCUUUCUCCUCUCCCUCCAGAGCUGCUAGAACUACAUUAUUAUACAGUGGAGUCGAAUACAAUGAGAAAAUCAUCUAUAUUUAGAAAGGAUAAAAUAAAACUCCCGAAUACUAAGCAAUCAAUCCUAAUGAAUCUCUCCCAGCAAUCUAAGACGGAAACCUAUGCUUAUUUGAAAGUGGUGCUAUAAUGAAGUACAUCGCUCAAAAAUUUAAAUUAUCCAAUCUCUAUCCCUUUAAUUUAAAAGCCAAAGCACAAGUGGACUUAUAUAUGGACUUUCAUCUAACUGAGAUGUCCUCACUUACCAAAUAUGCCUUCUCCUGUUUCCUUGGCCCAGCAGUUAUGAAAUUACCAAUACCUUCAAAUAAAGAUUAAUAAUUAAAAGAUGUCAAGGCCACUCUGGAAUUCUUCGUUAAGGUAUUUCUAAACAAAGGCAACUGGGCAUACAUAAAUGGAUCUCCUAUUCCAACUUUGGCAGACAUUAAGGCUUGCUGCGAUAUAGCCUAGCUCUUAAUUACAGACUUCCCUUUUGAACAUAUUUUGGGUUUGGAUACUUAUGUCUAGAGGGUAUUUUAAAUGCCUGAAAUGAAAAAGUCUCAUAGAGAAUACUUCCAACUUUUGUAGAGUUAGAAAAUAGGAAAAUUUGCUCUUCAAAUUACUUAAAUGUCAGAAUAAAUAAGACCCAAGGAUAAAUUAACCUUAUAUUUUAAUUUUGUAUCUCCGCCUUCUAAAGCUGUAAAAUCAUUAUUGAAAUUGGCGUAAAUUACAUACACUGAAAAGGAUAUUGAUUUAAAAGGAGGAGAGAAUACAAGACCUCCCUAUACAAAUAUCAAUCCGAACUAAACUCUUCCUGCUAUCACCUUUGGCAACUUCAGCUUAUUUGAAAGCCAUGCUAUAAUGAAAUUUAUUUGUAUUCAAUUUAAUUUGACGGAAUUCUAUCCGAAUUACCCAUUGAGAAGCAAAAUUGAUUCCUUUUUAGAUUUUCAUCAUACAGGCUUCAAAUCAUUGACUAUUUAUACAAUGGAUUUCUUUUUUGGUCCAAAAUUCUUCAAAAAACCAAUUCCAAACAACAAAGAAGAACGAAUUAGAGAGUUAAACGAAUCGCUUCAAUUUUUUAUAGACACUUUCUUAGGAGGAGGACAUUAUAAGUACAUUAUGGGAUCCAAAACCCCAACAAUAGCAGAUUUGACAUUUAUUGGAGAAAUCUCUGGCUUAUUUCUUGUAGAUUUUGACUUUACACCAUUUCCUUCUUUAAAAAGAUAUUUAAGAAACUUAUUUGAGAUCAAAUAAAUUCGAGAUACUUAUAGCAAAUAUUUUUUAGUUGCUAGAUUUUUGACUUCAUCAAUGAAUGAUUACAUUUUAUCAAUUGUAAAAGGAACAAAAGAGGGGGAAAGUGCAUGCUGCCAGCUAAUUUGA